CCAACAGGUAUUGUGGAACCAAUCCGAUUGAGAAAGUUGCCUCAACCUGAAGAAGUGUAUUCCUGUCUACGCAGAAGUAGAAGAGUGAAGUGGUUCCUUUUCUGAUCCACCCACAUGCCACUACAAACAAAGUGAUCGCAGCAUGAAUCCCGCCCCCGGGGUUCUUGGGAGCGGUUACCGCGACGCACCGUGAGAAGCACGUGAGACAACAUGUCGGGAUUACCUGUGGGGUGUUUGUUGUUGCUGGUGUGUGUCACGGCUGUUGCUCUUGAGAUCCGUGGAAAUGACGCACGAGUCCGCUGCUCCCAGGGUCUGUCCGACUGCCGAGUGAGUGAUUGGCCGAUGGACGCUUGGUUUGAACCUGUGGAGGAGCUGCAGAUCCACAUCCCCCCUCAACCAGACACGAGUGAGGACCACGGGGGAGGAGGAAGACCCACCAACGGAUCUGUCAGAGUGUGCUGUGAAACCCAAACCACCCAGGGUGUGUGUCACAGAGUCCGCUUCACCCUUCACCCUGAUGCCCUCCCUCUGUCAAGUACCACGCAGCUGUCCCUGGAGGGUCAGCCAGUGUGUGCCCCCUACGGCGGCACGGCCCUGCUCUCGGUCCAGCCCUGUAGGCCACCGUGCCCCUUCCUAGCGCUCCCCUUGCCCUCCCUGGAUGACGUGUGUUCUCCAGCCCUCCUUGACUCCAUAGAGGAAUGUGAUGUCCCCAGGAUAACGGCCGUGUUCCACCCCGAGACGGGCUUGGGCCUGGAGCUGGGGGGCCGCCGCCCGGGCCGGCCCGCCCUGCUAUGUCUCCUGUACGAGGCCGACGGACACUGCCGGACUAUAAACACGACCACCAUUCCACUGUGGGCUGUCACCACCUGCAUGUGUCUACAGGCUUGGUGGCCGACAGGGGAUCAGACCCGUCGAGCUAUGAGCUGCCCGUUUACAAACCACACUGAGGCCCUGAUCCAGAGGAACGAGGAAAAGAAUCUCUCUGUGUCUCUGGCGCUGGUGGAGCGGAGCGGGGCCCUUCUCCUCUGGAACCUGUCGGGCCCCUGCAGGCUAGCGGCCCAGGUGUGGCCCUGUCUCCCAGGCCAGGCCGGCCCCCACCACAGCUGUAAGGAGAUCAGGGGCCUGAGGAACACCAGCCGCCUGGAGACCAGCAACUGGAGACAAACCCAGGAGGGCCGCUGGGAGAUAUCUGGGGCUUUCAAUUAUUCCUUCGACCUUAGGUUCCCACCGUGUGUGAUGGUGAAAGUGAACCGGAUGGAGCAUGGUCCCUUCUGCAUUAUCCCAACUGCCAGCAGAUGGCGCUGGAAUCUUCUGAUCAUCGCUAUGGUGACGUUGAUUUUGUUGGCGGUUCUGCUUCUCUACUCUCAACAUAACAAAAUAAAAAGGUGGGCAACGUGCUGGCGCUCUGCUCAAUACACACACACGGUGAGGGGCCAGGCGCUGGUGCUGAGCCCCCCAGACGCGGAGGAGGUUCUGUGUGAGCUGGUGUGCGGCCUGGGCUCCUCCCUCCGGGAGCAGGGCCUCGGGGUGUCGGUGGACCAGUGGAGCCGCGCAGAGCUCUGCUCUCUGGGGCCGUUGCCCUGGCUCUACGCCCAGCUGCUGCGUCUGGAGAAGCAGGGGGGGGGGGGCAGGGUGGUGCUGGUGUUGACCCGCGGGGCCCUGCAGAGGGCCCAGCAGUGGACACGUCUCUCCGGACGGGAGGAGGACCGCGGACCGCAGGGCCCCACCGCCACCACCUCUCCCUCCCCUUACUCUGACGUCUUCUGGGCGUGUCUGGCAUGUGUGGCCGGGGCGCGGGGGCGGGGCCAGGCAGGGGAGCGCUUCCUACUGGUGGACUUUGAGGCCUGUCCCAGGGAGCUGGCCUGGGGCGGCGGGCCGCUCCCGGAGCUCCUCGAGGGGCUGAGUGUGUUCCGCCUGCCCUCCCAGAGCCAGGCCCUGCUGCUGGAGCUGACCAGAGGAUCUGCUACACACACCAAGGCCCAGCAGAGGACAGCGUCUGGACCGGAGAUGGAUCCUCUCACCCAUCAGACCCUAUGACGCCUCAAUCCUGGACUGCUGGAUUCUUAUCUGUCCCAUCAUGGUUCUCUGGAUGCCUCUCUUGGCCGUUUGGCUGAGCUCGGCAGGGCCCUCCGUGGCCCACAGCUGUCCCGACGCCUGUG